UGAUAGUCUAGAAUUUUGACACGUGGAAAAUUAAGACUGCUAAUUUGAUGACCCAUCAGAUGACACGCGUCCAAUUAUAAGCGAAGCUCUCCUUCCAGUUACGUUCUUUCUCUCGCCCAAGUUCUUCGCGCGGAAGGAAGGAAAUUUCCUGCAAAUCUUCACGCUGAAAGGAAACGAAUAUAAUUCAGCCCUGAUUCCUGGCUGCGUUGGGUCACGGAAGGAAAGAAAUCUCAGGUACUGCGAUACGCCUUUCCAUUCUUCUUCUUCGGCUACCCCAAUUUCCCCUAAUUUUUACCCGAAAUUAGGGUUGAUUAAUACCAAUAUGCUGUCUUCUUCUACUCUCCACGCGGAAACCUAACCUACCCAUGGUCGCUGAUUUUUCUCCAAAAAUAUAAUCCGUGUGAUCUCCUCGCCGCCGAAGGAAAGGAAUUGUAUAGCUACUCUAUCAAUGCAGGAAAGCCUCCAAUUUUGUGAAAAAAGGUAUUUCGGAUCUAAAAUUUUUGAAGCCUCAAAACGAGGUAUGUUUCCAAAAAUCAUAUUCAUCAAUUAUUCAAGAAUUGAGAGGAAUUAAUUUUACAUGGCUGCUAGCUCUUUAAUCUAUGUUCAAUCUCGGUUAGAAUGGUACAAAGACGAGAAUUCCAAAUUAAACCUCCAUGCCUUGAAGCUGAAAUUGGAGCAGAAAACUGUUGCUGUGCACUGCACAAAUGAUAUGCUUUUGCUCUCAAUGAAGAAGCUGUUUGGUUUCUCUUUGCAAUGUUUGUGUUAGGAGUAAUAUUUAUUGGGCAGAGAAUGCCUUGACAUUUUGGGAAAACAAAGUUUCUACACUAAGAUUGAUGGUUUUGAGGAGUUGCUUCUACCAAAUUGGACAAUCUGGCAGAGACAUCCUUCAUAUCCGGGUGUGCAUUUUUAUCCUUACUCAGACAUUGCAGUGCUUCUGUGAUGCUAAAAGCAAGUUCAUUGUUACUUGCAAAAGUGAUUUUUUGACUAUCGAUCUUUUCCCUGCUUUGAGAUGCUCCAGAGCCCAAUUGUGUGGUGCCAAGUCUUCCUCUUCGUGGCGGUUGCCAAGCAACUCCACAAGUAGACCACCAAAUACGUAAACGUCGGCUUUUAAAGUCUGAAUACCUGCAACAUUGAAGGAUCAUAAGCCAUACCCUGAUGCAAUGUUCUAUUUAUCACACACAAUCUUACAAAUUAAAAGAUGAGGAUAGAUGAUCUCAAUAUUAGAUUAAUUUACUCUCACUAUAUGAUCCAAGGUAUUCUGAUGCCGUUAAUGUGUACGAGUAAAAGUCGUUUGUCCAUCCUCUAGCUGAAACAUUUAAGUCGUCUAUCAGUUUACUUAGUUCUUCCAAUUUAUAUGCAAAUGAUACCUGUUUCUAGCUGCAAAUGUAUCAUUUUGUGAUGUUCAUAUGCACUUGAAUUUUUCACUGUUGCAAAUAAAACAUAUGGAUUGCAUAAUAUGGUUGAACGGAACAAACAUUUAUGAAGGUUUGGAUUAAUGUGAUCAUGUCUUUAUGAGUUUGAUUCAUGUGCUCUCUCCUAGCAGCAUGCUACACUUCUCACUGACCUUUUGGCUAGCCAUAACACAAGAAUAUGAUUAUGCCAUUUAGUACUUU